AUGGCGAUUGAAGAAAACACAUCGGAUUCCACCAAUUCGCUGCUUGAUUCAACUAAUCCGCUUUACAUGCAUCCAUCCGAAAACGCAGGUUCCAUGCUUGUACUAGUAGUUUUUGAUGGAUCGGGGUAUAGAUCAUGGAGGCGAGGAGUGCUUAGGGCUCUUUCUAUGAAGAAUAAAGUAGGCUUCAUAAAUGGUAAGUGUGGGAAACCAGACUCAAAAGACCCUACCUUUGAUCAAUGGGAACAGUGUGAUAAUGUAGUGACUUCGUGGAUUUUGAACUUUCUAUCGAAGGACUUAGCAGAUAGCCUGCAGUAUGUGAACGAUGCCAAAGAGCUUUGGGAAGAAUUGGAGGACAGGUAUGAUCAAACUAAUGGGGCAAAACUAUAUCAGCGACAAAAAGAAAUCAAUAAUUUGAGCCAAGGAACACUCGACAUUACGGGAUACUACACUAAGAUGAAGAAGCUAUGA